UAAUCGUGAAGUCGCCGCUUACGCAUUCGGAUCUGUCAGCGGUAUUGCCGCUGUCAUCUCGAAAUGACUGCAUUACAAUAAGGUAAAAGUUUGUUUGUACAUAUUGUGCACAUAUAUACGGAACUCGCGCCUCAAUUUUCAUCGUAGUCGCGAUUUCCACCAAAAUCCGAUUCGUUUCGUCAGCCCGCCAGUCAAACAGCUUAUGCUGAACUUGUGUUGGGGAUGAUUGUCCUACCAUAGUGAAACGCAUACUUUUCGAUUGCAAAUUAUUUGGACGCUUACAGUCCUAUAUGUGUGCCGUAUGCCGUUAGGUGCUACUGACUCUUAUUUCAGAGUAAGGCGUGUGUUUUUUAAAAUUUUUCUUUUGUUUGAGACUUUUACUGUCGAGAAAAAAGUUUUACGUUAACAACAAAACAACAAAAGAGAACGAGGAGCAUAAUGGUGGGACGGGCCAGCAGACAGGCAGCAGUGGUUUAUAUUGAUUGGGAUAGUGACAAGGAAUAAAAAAGAGUGGCUGAAAUAGUGCUCCAGUCUAAGCAUUUACAAGCAACUGUCACUUUAAAAAUCACUGUUAAGUAGAAAAAAUUGCAUUGUAAAAAUAUCCUAUCGGUGUUAUUAUAACGCAUUUAGCUAGUAAUAUCCGUUGCAAUGCUUCUAUUCGGAUGGUUAUCGGUGCUCUUGUUAGCAGUUUUAUUCCUUUAUAACAGCACUGCUAUAAUUCACAUGAAUGGCUUACUGCAUGCAAGAGGGUUUACUAAGAAAAAACAAUAAUAGUAAUUGCAUUAAAAAUCAAAUGACAAUACCUUAUCGCAACAACUAAAUACGCACAAAGCUGUGCAAACUGAAAUAAUUAAACAAAAAAUAAAUAAAAAAUCGUGUAAUUAAUGCAAUUAAGAAAUAAAUAAAUAUACCUAUGUAUAUAAAAAAAUAAAGCAGCAAUUCAAUAAAGCAAAACAUAAUAAUAACCGAACUAUUGAGCCACAUUCAUGUUUAAAAUUUAAUAAAGUACAUACGAGAUUCUCACAGCCACUACAAUUACUCGCACCGUAUGCCGCACAUUAUGCAGAAUUGUUAUUACAUUGACGCCGUGCUCGACCAGUCAACGUGCAGAUCUUUGUGUGCGGUAGUUGAUGCACUUGGAACUUUUGUGUUGUUUAAGACACCACAUUCAUUAGCAUCAAAGCGCUUAUUCCGUAAAUUGAGUAUUUGGAAUAGAAUUGCCACUAUACAGGAAAGAAGUAAAUCCUUUACAGAAUUAUUCAAAAAUAUCGUUAUUUUCGGGUCGCAAUGAACUUUUCGCCAUUCGGUAAUACUUUCCCCGGUACAACCACUAUUCCUGGGUUGCCGCAGUUCACGACAACAGCAGCGCCAAAAGUUUCGACUGUUACCUCAGCGGCAGCGGUUGCCACUAUAACGUCGCAAGGUGCAACGCAGCAGGAGGAAACUGCCUCCACAAGUGCGCGUUACCAAACACAGCAGCAGCAGUCACAGCAACAACAGCAACAAUCCUCUGCCAACGUAAGUAUGACACACUUUAAUCAACCAGCACUACCGAUCGCUACUGGAACAACCGUCACCGCCAUACAUACAAAGUUCCGCACCUCGGGCGAUGAGCCACAAGGGGAUAAAUACAAUGGACAUUUGGUGACUAUAGAAACAGCAGGUACCAGCGGCGCACAGCAACAGCCACAAUAUGGUAACAUACCGACGUACACUACCCAACAGGCGGAUGAUAAACAUUUGAUUACAGCAGCGAUUGCGUAUCCACAAAAUACGAUUACCGCUUCCUCGUCAACGGCAGCGGCAGCAGGUGUAGCGGUAACAAAUACUACGCAGCAACAUCAGCUGCAUGUGCAACAACAACAAGUGUCUGGACCACAAGAGUUAACACAGGACUUGUGUAACGCCAUUUUACAACAACAAGGUGUGGAUACAAAGCUUGUUCUACAAAAUACCUCAUGGCAAUCGCUAACACCAGGUACCACAGUAGCUGAUUACCUCUCCCAUCUUCCAGCAAACACACUACCAUUGUCGCUACAUCAUUUCCUCAAGUAUUCGGCCGAAACGAUAAAGAAAGAAAAUCAGGGUGUAGUUUUACAGGUACAAACGGGAGCACCUAUUGGCAUCAAUACCAUUGGCGGUACAACAACCAUUACAAUACCUCAACAACAAACGGAGGCACAAAUACAGCAACAACAACAGCAUCAAGGAGCAACAACGGUACACCUACAAGCGGAUCCGUCGACUAGCGACGCUGUUGCAAUGGCCCCAACCUCAGCUAUAAGUGCAACUAAUACAUCGAAAAAGAAGAAACGAAAAAAACGUCCUAAGGAUCGUAAGCCAAAAUUGAGACCCGGCGAAAUUCGGCUUACAACAGCUCUGGAUGGAAGCCCUUUAUAUUUGUGCCCCGAAUGCCAGGUGGCAUAUCCCGAACCGGACUUGCUCGAAAUACAUUUGGUAGGACACAAUCUUGAGAGACGCUAUAUCUGCGAUAUUUGUCAGGCGGCCUUGAAGCGCAAAGAUCAUCUGACACGUCAUAAACAGUCUCAUAAUCCAGAAAGACCCUAUAUAUGUACAGUCUGUUUGAAGGCAUUUAAACGGAAAGAACAAUUGAGUUUGCACUUUGUGAUACAUUCGGGAGAAAAACGUCACUUAUGUCACGAAUGUGGUAAAGGUUUCUACCGCAAAGAUCAUCUGAGAAAACACACACGUUCUCAUAUUGCACGCCGCGUAAAAGCUGAGCUUAGCAUGCAGAAUGAAAGUGAGCAUGGAACCAGUAUGCUACAACCAAUCACUGUGACAACAAUUACUGAGGUGCAACCCCAGUCGUCAAGUUCGGCGCAGCAACAACAUUCAAGUAACCAGCAACAGCAGCAGCAGCAGCAGCAGCAACAACAACAACAACAACAACAACAGCUCCAGCAACAGAUGCAUACACAACAAAUGCAACAUGUUGUGGUAACACAACAGCAACAACAGCAAAUGCUUAAUUAGCCCAAUGGCGGCAAUGAUUUUUGUAAAGUCAGUUGAAAUUCAAUAUUGAUUAUUAAUAAUUGCUGGAGACUAAAUUAAGAUAAACUAAAUUUUAAAAUUAUAACCUGCAGCUGGGCUGGGUUUUGCUUAAAUUAUGUUUUUGUGUUUUCUUGAGUAUUAUUAUAAACACAUCUAUCGAAAGAAUUUGUGUGUAUUUUAGACCUAAUAUUGCACUUGCGAAACUCAUGCAAUAUAUUACUCUAUGCUUCAUGUUAUUAUUAUUGUUUGGAAAAUUCAUCUGUAAUUUUUUUAUAACAUUUUGGAACAAAAAUGACUUAUGCAAAUAAUAAUGAACAUCAUACGCCGCCGAACAAAUAAGUAAAACCUUAUGAGAAUAAAAUAAUUAAAUGUAUUGUAUAGAACAUUGGCAAGGACUGAAGAAAAAUCGCUAUGUCGCAUACAACAGCUGUAUUUACCGAUUCGCCUCAUGUGAAAAUAUUUAAUAUGUAUGUAAUUAAAAUAGAAUAUCGUACUUAUUCAACACAUUACUUCAUUGUAAAUAACACAAAAUAGAGAUUGUAUGUGAAAUUAAAAAAUAACUAUUAAUAAUAAUAAUUUCUACCAACAUUAUAUGAAAUAAGUAUAAAAAAUAAAUCUAAUAGAAUGCAAUAUAAGGAAUGUAUUUUUGUAUGUAUAAUAAAAAACAAGAAAGCUAAACCAAAUGCAAUAAUGUUGAUGAUGAUGAUAUGUACAUAUAUAUUCGAUAUAUAAACUUAAAAGUAACAAAUUUACUAUGAUUUACACAAAUAGUAAAUAAUAAUUCAUUAUAUGUAUAUGUAUGUGAAAUGUAUGAAAUUAUUUUAACUAAUCAUAUAACAUUUUUGAAGUAAAUAAAGAAAUCAAAUAUUUUAAUAAUAAAAAUUGUGCAUAUAUUUUAUGAGAGAAAACUGAUAAAACUAGAUAAAUAUGCCAGGUUAUAAAAGCAAACAUUUAUGAAAAAACAAUUGAAUAAUAUCAAUACAUUAAUUUGGGUGACUAAAUUAACAGUUAAGGAUAGUUUUAUGGUAUACUAAUAUGUAUGUAUGUUUAUGUGAAUCUAUUACUCCGAAUGAAAAUGAAGUUUUUGCUUCAAGACGUGUUUGAAUUAACCCCAAGAAUCUAUUAAAGCAAGCCAUUAAAAAAGAAAUAAAAAAUAAAAAAACAAUAUUUAAAAGUAUUAAGGUAUAA